AAAUUAAGCAUGAUGCCUUGAAUCUUUAGGGUUCUUUUCCAUGUUUCUUUCUUGGGAGUUGCUUUGUUUUUUCUUAAACUACAGUUCUUGAUUCUUGAUUCUUCUGGGUCUUUUCUGCUGUCAUUUUCUUUGUCAACUUGUUUGUUGACCAGUUCUUUGAUGUUAGAAUUCUUUGGUUGUUUAUUUUUCCUUGUUGGAAUCAACUUCUUUCUUUAUUGGUUGUUGGCUUGGUGAUGAUUACAUUUUGUUGUUCUUGGAUUUUUAUUGUUUCCAUUUUCUCUAUUGAGGCACUGUAAUUUUGAUUCCAUCUUUUUGGAAAAUCCAUUCUAGUGAUGGCCACAGAUGCUGUUCUUAGUCUGUGGACAAACUUGGCCAAGUUGCCUCUUUUUGUUCUUUUCAAGGAUAUAAGGAAUGUUUUUAGGAAGGACGAGUUGGGGCUCGAAAUAGCACAAAUUGCAGUUCCUGCGGCACUUGCUUUAGCAGCAGAUCCUGUUGCUUCUCUUAUUGACACAGCAUUCAUUGGCCAUAUAGGACCUGUGGAGCUUGCUGCUGUUGGCGUUUCUAUUGCUGUUUUUAAUCAAGUGUCAAAAAUUGCAAUAUUCCCACUUGUCAGUGUUACUACUUCUUUUGUUGCUGAGGAAGACACUACAGGAAGAUUGAGUUCUGAACUGCAAGAAAAUGAGACAAUUGAAGAUGUUUUUGCUAUCAAUAAGGAAAUGGAAGAGUUGUUACCUAAAGCAGUGUCUGCAAACAAAUCAUCCUCCAUAAGCGGUAAUUCCACCAAAAGGGAUCAUGAGAGAAGACACAUACCAUCUGCUUCUUCAGCAUUGGUUGUUGGUUGUGUGCUUGGCGUCAUCCAGGCUUUAUUUCUCAUUUUUGCGGCUAAACCAAUCCUGAACUACAUGGGUGUACAUUCUGAUUCUCCAAUGCUAAUACCAGCACAACAAUACUUGAUAUUGAGAUCACUAGGUGCUCCUGCUGUUCUUCUUUCUUUAGCAAUGCAAGGGGUUUUUCGAGGAAUCAAGGAUACAAAAACUCCUUUGUAUGCUACUGUUGUGGGAGAUGUAGCGAAUAUCAUCUUGGACCCAAUAUUUAUAUUCAUAUUCCGGCUGGAUGUCAGGGGUGCAGCCAUUGCUCAUGUUAUUUCUCAGUACCUAAUCUCCCUGAUAUUAUUGUGGGCAUUAAUCAAACAUGUUGAUUUAUUGCCUCCAAGCAUUAAAGAUCUACAAUUUAGUCGAUUUCUUAAAAAUGGAUUUAUGCUGUUGAUGAGGGUGAUAGCUGCAACAUUCUGUGUCACCCUGGCUGCAUCAUUGGCGGCAAGACAUGGAUCUACUCCAAUGGCUGCAUUUCAGGUUUGCUUGCAGAUUUGGUUGGCAACUUCUUUGCUUGCAGAUGGGCUGGCUGUGGCUGGACAAGCAAUCCUUGCAAGUGCAUUUGCAAAAAAUGAUUACAACAAGGCCAAAGCUACUGCUUCUCGUGUAUUGCAGUUUGGUUUGGUUUUAGGGAUGUUCCUCUCAGUCUUCCUUUUAGUUGGAUUACAGUUUGCUUCGAGAUUAUUUACAGAAGACAUCAAUGUUUUGCACCUGAUUAGCAUGGGCAUCCCGUUUGUUACAGCAACUCAAACCAUUAAUGUUUUAGCCUUCGUUCUUGAUGGAGUUAACUAUGGAGCAUCUGACUUUGCAUACUCUGCAUACUCGAUGGUUUUGGUGUCAAUAAUGAGCAUACUAUGCUUAAUACCACUAUCCUCUAGUCAUGGCUUCAUCGGCAUCUGGGUCGCAUUGACCAUUUUUAUGAGCUUGCGUGCAUUCGCUGGCUUUUUGAGGAUAGGAACUGGUAUGGGACCUUGGAGCUUUCUCAGGUGCUGACCUCCUCCAUUUUUUUCAUCUCCAUAAUUCCACGUGUGUUUUUUUAAUCACACGACGAGCAAAUAAAAGCGCCUGGUUGGUGGAAGAAGGGAAUUUGUUGGGCAUGGCAUUUUGGCAUUGUUACAGAAUAAAGAAGUUUUUGUAUUAGGAAACAAAUAUUUAGAUUCUUGAUUAGCAUGAUUACAAGGAUAGAGAUGUAGAUCUUUCUAAUUAGUUAGCUUAAUCGUAGGAAUCUUUGUAUAUAAAUUUGUAUCAACUCUUGAUGAAAUACAAGCAUCUAUCUUUCCAGUUC